GCCAUCUAAAUUUCACCUAGGAAACGAUGUGACUAUGUAUGUAUGGGGGGGACUUUUUCGAGGUUAACCAUUAACCAAACAUAUGGAAGCGUAUGAUAUUCAUUGGUUUCUUGCCAAUCGGCUUACGCGAUGGAGUCGCAUCGGGCCAGCAAGAUGACAGCAAGAUUGCAUUUACUGGUAGCGUUCUACAUACCUAAUGCUUGUCAUGCCUUGGAAGUUGGUAUUCAUAAAAUCCGAAUUUUAGACAGCGGUCCACAUCGAAGCUUUCGCCUCUAAGAAAAGGUACAUAGUUACCCUAAAGAGAGAAGCCACUUAGCGGUGGAAUCAAGACGGGUUUGGGAAAUCGAUAUACUCUUACAUUGGUACCGACUCAAAAAGAUUAAUCGUGAUAGGGCUGUUCGUAUCCCACGUCUACUUACCUAGCUAACAAGACAUCUAUCUCCUAACUCCAUCUUAUAUAAUGACUCUCUUCAUUCCCGCAUUUCCUUGCUUAGACAUCAAAAAGAGUUUCCCGGAACUUCAAUCUCAAAAGAUCGACUUUGUUCAACAUCCAAGUUAUACCUUGCUGGCGCCAUGGAUAAGGCUAGCACGAAUACAACUCUCGCUUCAUCUACCCGAACAAAACAACCUAAGAAGAGAAAUAGUGACGUGCGCAAAGAGCAGAAUAGAAUCGCGUCUCGUGCAUAUCGAGAGAAGCGCAAGCAAAAGUUAGCACUACUUGACGAGAUAUUGAAAUCUGAUUCUCAAACAGAUUCGAUGAGUUCAGUAUCCGAUGAGACAGAUGGAUACAACGGCUCGUGGACCUUUCAAGAUAGACAAGCCUCGGGUAGCCCUGUUCCAGGAGCACUUCAGGUGCCCGCCGUGGCGCAAUGGGCCGCUGCAAGUCCCUCCAUAUCUUCGGCAGUCCCAAGCUACGGUCACGACGCGUAUGAGGGUUGGAUGAAUUCAUUCAAUCAGCCGGACAAUACGUUUCCUACCAAUAAUGAAUAUGCACACUCUUUCAUCCCCACCGAAGUUGGAGAUAAUUCUCUAGGGAACCCAGUUCAAUUUACCAUACAAUCUCUCACGUCGGCACCUUCGACGCCUUCACUGCCUCCUAUUCCGCUGGAUCCUUUGCUCGUUGCAAACAACUUCGCACCGCAACACCGUCAUAACCAAUUAGCACAACCCCGAAAUAUUCCAAGCUCAUCUAACCCAAUUUAUAACAAUGAUGAAACUCAGAGACAAUUAUGGGUCGCCUCUCUCGAAGACGAUGUGCUGGUGGAGCUUGAGAGAUUUGCUGGAUAUAGCCAUAUCCAACAACAGCAAAUUUUAGCCAUGAUACAGAAGAGAAGGAGUUUAGCACAGAAUAGACCAAACCAUCAAAAUGUGGAAUUCAGGUACCCAACCUGUCAAGCUACGCCCCCAUCAACAGCACAAUUUGUGAACACCGACUUUCGGAAAUACCAAAGCAUGCGACAGGUCUCUGGAUCACCUGUUCCUAGUGGCCGUCGCUAGAUCCGUUUCAUACGGACUAGGACCACUGACCCGACUACUGUAGUCGAUGAAAACCCCAAGGCCUUCUAGAUCGUGCCACCGAGAUGUCUAGCAUUGUCGGACUAAACAACCCUUUUCAUCUAUAUCGCCUUCUAGGGCUUUGCCAAGUAUAUCAGAUCUCGCCUUACCCUUAUACCCACGUACGCCGACUCGCUUUUCACCAAAUAAAUAAACAGCACCGAAGAGAAACGGCCAGCAAAUCGUCUUC